GCUAUAGCACCCAUGGCCAUGGAUUCAGGAGCAAAGAAAAGCCGUGGUCGCCAAAAGAUCGAGAUGAAGAAAAUGAGCAAUGAGAGCAACCUCCAAGUCACCUUCUCCAAGCGCCGAAGCGGCCUUUUCAAGAAGGCCAGUGAGCUCUGCACCCUCUGCGGAGCCCAUGUGGCGCUGGUGGUGUUCUCGCCGGGAGAGAAGGUGUUCUCCUUCGGCCACCCCAACGUGGAUGCUGUGAUCGACCGCUUUCUGGGGCGGGCACCGGUGCAGGACUCCGGCACCAUGCAGUUCAUCGAUGCCCACCGCAUCUCCAACGUGCGUGACCUGAACAAGCAGCUGACUCAGGUGAACGAACUUCUGGAAACGGAGAGGAAGCGCGGAGAGGAGCUGAACCGGCUGAGGAAGGAGGCGCAGGAGCUGAUGUGGUGGACCCGCCCCACUGAGGAGCUGACUGUGGAGCAGAUGGAGCAGUACAAGACAGCAUUGGAGGAGCUGAAGAAGCACGUUGCCCAACUUGCUGAGAGGGCAAUGCUUCAGAGUGCUGUGAACCAGGGUCAUCAGUUUUUCCCAGGGGCUUCUUCCUCUGCCAAUUUCGUGCCUCAGCAUCAGCCCCAGCAUCAGCUUCAACCACAGCCUCCUCAGGUGUUCACUGCUCAGACCAUCCCUACCAUGCUUCAGAGCUAUAUGUUCCCUGAUGUAACCAUCAUGCAGCAGCAGCAUCACGGGUUCGAUAACAUGGGGAUGGGAGGAUAUGGACCUGGACCUGCUCCUGCUGGGGGGUUUUUCUGA